AUGGCCUGCGGUUCUGCAUGUUGCGCCUCGCCCAAAGCCACUUCUGUUGUCAUGCGCUCACUGCCCCUGCCAGUACUCAACACCGAUGCAGGUAGCUCUGCUACUCCUUGCAAAGAAGAAAAGUCCUGCCAACCAGAGUUGAACACUAUGGCGGACAAUCCCAAGACCUUGACCCUCCCAACUGCUGCGAGGGAAAACAGUCUCCUUGCUGUAACUCUUCCUGUAUUGACCGACUUGCGCUCCGCGCGUGUGCUGCUCAGAUCAACAAGACAAGCAGUGCACCUACAGAUUGCACCCGCGGAAAUGGCAGAACGCCGUGUCAACGACAUGCUCGCAGCGCCCGGGAUCAAUAUCAGUCCAGAUUGGAAGCGCUUGGCUGCAUUUGUCGUGCAUUACUCGCUCUAG